GUCUCAAUCUAUGGCAUAACAGUAAUGGAACAGGGUUUGGACUAUGACAAAUUGCUCUUACAAACGGACCCUCUUGUGGAAGCAUUCGCUAGAGAGAUCGAGCUUUUUCCCAGCGGGGAUCAGAUCGAGAUUGCCAUCAAAAAAGCUCCAGACAUGUCAAUCGCCGAAAACAGAGAGCGGAUCGAGCAGAUUGCUCAGAAAUUUGAGCAAAUCUCCUACAGUAAGCAAUAG